AUGAACGCAAGCAUAGCCAGCCAAAAUGGUGGUAGAUCGUUAAGCAAUACGAACAGGUUGACAGUGGAUAUAAAUGAAAGAGCGCUGGCGCUUUUGCAACGAAACAGGCAGCGUCGGUUAUUACUGCAGCGAUACGAAGACAGAAGACGAUACGAAACACCAUAUUCCGAGAAACCAGUGCUAGGCAAAACAGAGCCACGGCGACACCGUGUCCGCAAGAUUAAACGGUACAGACCAAGCCAAGCAGCUUUGCAGGAGAUCCGUAAAUAUCAGAGAAGUACAGAUCUUUUGAUUUCGAAAAUGCCUUUCGCGCGUCUUGUCAAAGAGGUGACAGACCAAUUUACUGCGUCGGAACAAGAAAUGCGAUGGCAAUCAAUGGCGAUUUUGGCGCUUCAAGAAGCAAGCGAGGCUUAUUUGGUCGGAUUGCUGGAGCACACGAACCUAUUGGCGUUACAUGCGAAACGUGUCACCAUUAUGAAAAAGGAUAUGCAGUUAGCAAGGAGAAUCCGCGGACAAUUUAUAUAG